GCCCCAGCCCCGACAGCCGGCCCGAGCAGUCCCAUGGCAGAGCAGGUGGCCCUGGUCAUUGGGGGCCUCGCUGGGGGGCUGCUGCCACUCCUGUUGCUCAUCUGGGUGAGCUGCUGUCUCUGGAAGAAGCUUCGUGCCACGUUCACCUAUGAGGAGCUGCCGGGGAGCACCGCUGCAUCCGGCAUUCAGGGGGGCAAGCUCUACCCACCACAUGCCGGGACCCAGCCAAGCAGGCCCCCAGGUGUGCCAUUCGUGGUGCUCCCUUCCCUCCAAGACCGAGACUGGGUACCCCUACACCGUGGAGAGUGGGCCCAGGCCCCACGGGACCCCCGCCUCGCCCCGGAGCCCAUGCGCCACCCCUCCCGCGGCAGCUUUGGUGAACCGCCCCACCCCUGUGUUGUAGGAAAUGCAGGCAUGAUGGGGACCAUCAACCCAGAGCUAUACAAGUUCCUGGAGGACAAGAGUGAGACCGACUUCCCCGAGGGCUGCCUGGGGCGGCUGUGGUUCUCCGUGGAAUACCAGCAGGAAGCCGAGCGGCUGCUGGUGGGCUUGAUCAAGGCGCAGAGGCUGCAAAUCCCCUCGGAGACCUGCAGCCCCCUGGUGAAGCUCCAUCUGCUGCCCGACGAGCGGUGCUUCCUCCAGUCCAAGACCAAAUGCAAAACCUCCAACCCACAGUUUGAUGAGCACUUCAUCUUCCAGGUAUCCAGCAAGAGCAUCACACAGAGGGUACUCAGGUUCUCCGUGUACCACGUGGACAGGCAGAGGAAGCACCAGCUCCUGGGCCAGGUGUUCUUCCCCCUGAGAAAUGAGACUCUGGCAGGUGACUGCCCGCACGUCAUCUGGAGAGACCUGGAGGCCGAGAGCAGGGAGCCUCCCUCCGAGUUUGGAGACCUGCAGUUCUGCCUCAGCUACAAUGACUGCCUGUGUCUCCUGACCGUGGUCGUGCUGCGAGCCAAGGGCCUCCGGCUCCAGAAGGACCCGAGUUUCGUCAGUGUGUUUGUCAAAGUGUCUCUGAUGAACCACAACAAGGUUGUCAAGUGCAAGAAGACUUCGGCUGUGCUGGGCUCCGCCAACCCCGUGUACAGCGAGACUUUCAGCUUCAGGGCCGACCCCGUGGAGCUGGACACGGCCAGCCUCAGCCUGACAGUGGUGCAGAGCGCCAGAGGGGAGACCAGCCACCAGCUGGGCCGGGUGGUGGUGGGCCCUUACAUGUGCACCCGAGGCAGACAACUGGAGCACUGGAAUGAGAUGCUCAGCAAGCCCAAGGAGCUGGUAAAGUGCUGGCAUGCGCUCUGUCCCCCGCCUGAGCCCUGACUCGGCUGGGACCUCCGGUCUGCCUCUGGAGCCUGUCCUCUCCCACGGCAGCCGCAGGCCUGGGCGCUCCGGCCAGCACCCCACUGGGCUGCCAGGCCAGCCCGAGCCGGGGCAGCGUGCGUGCUGAUGCACAGGAGAGAAGAGGGGACGAGAGAGCCCCAGCCAGGUCAGCAGCGUGGCUCGCCGCCAUCUGCCAGCCUCAGAGACCCUCCCGACUCACUCCAUCCUCCUCCACCCGUGGGGCUGCCUGGGCUGCGAAUUCCAACCCCUGGUCAGCACAGUCUCCGCUGGACCGGAAUCUCAGGCUUUCAGAAGAACGAUGCUGGGAGGGGAAGAAUGAAGCGGGGGAAAUCGGAGGGGUGGACAAACC